AUGGCAUCACCAUCGGCAUCGUCCACCGGCUCGCCCGUCCCUGGCACUCGGCCCGACCGUCGCCGAGACAGCAACACUCCGGAUACAGCUUCCACGUCGCUCCCCCGGAUCCUUUGGAGCCUGCAGGUGCCUCUGUACAUCACCCACGCGUCCAAAUCGACGGACCCAUUCAUCGUCUCGGUGCCGCGCUUCAGCUACCUGGCGCUGCUGGUGCCCCGCCUGACCGCCUACUAUGGCCUGCCCUGCUCCAGCUUCCACCACGAGGAGAUCCAGCUCCGCAACCUGGCCGUCGGCCUCCUGGUCGACCUAUACCAACCCGCCUCCCUGCCCUGGCGGCUGGUGGUCAGCGACGGGCCGGAAUGGGACAUCGCCGACACCUUCACCAACUCGGCCAAGGAGGCCGACUUUGUCCGGAAUGGAAACGCCAAGCAGAUCAUGAGCCUGUCCAAGGAGCAUAGCACCGCAUUGUGGAACGCCGUCCAGGAUAAUGACUAUGCCGCCUUCAACAAAGUCAACAGCCUCCUCCUCAACGCGCCCACUCCGCUCAAGAACGUCCCCAUCCGCAUCUACAUCCCCUCCUCGCCGAGAGAGGCAAGCGGCGCCGCGCCAGCCUCUUUUAAGGUCGUUCAGACGCUGGUGCCGCCGAGAUUGCCCAACAGGGCGCCGCAAACGCUGGGCGCCGCCCUAAAGAGCAUUCUCCCAACGCUCUUCCCCAGUAGUCGGGAUCCCGUCCUGGCAAACGUGCUGCUCCAUGGCGGGCCAGUGCCCUUCCGGGCGCCGUUGGAGGAACUGAUGCGCGAGGCUGCCUACCCUGACGGGUGGCUAUGUUUUUGUGUCGUUCUGUUAUGA